UACACGAGAGGUGUGCCCGCUGCCCGGCUCCCCGCCCUCUUUCUGGGGCACUCAGUGUGAGGUCACCGGGCCGUUACGGGAGCACCUCGAAGCGGAAAGCCUUUAGCACCGCCUCUCCUUACCGGGUGCACGCGGGCAGCGGCGGGCUGGCCCCGCCCCUUUUCUCUCACAGCCCGCCCACUUCCCGCCUCUCUCUUUCAAACCGGGCUCGCGCGGCGGCGUGUGGGGCUUUGCGCGUGCGCGGGGGCAUGUCGGCUCCGUUGGCGGGCCCGGGGCCUCGGGCCUGAGGGACGGCGGCGGAGGUGGUAGACCCGAGUGCGGGGAUACGAGUGGCGGCGACGGACCCGCUGUCCUCUCGCCGCCCCUCCGCCCGCUACAGUGGCUGCGAGGAUCAGAAAUGACAACCCCAAACAAGACGCCACCUGGUGCUGAUCCAAAGCAGUUAGAGAGGACUGGUACCGUUAGAGAAAUAGGCUCACAAGCAGUUUGGUCUCUUUCAUCCUGUAAGCCAGGAUUUGGAGUGGAUCAGUUACGAGAUGAUAAUCUAGAAACUUACUGGCAGUCAGAUGGUUCACAGCCUCAUUUGGUGAACAUCCAAUUUAGAAGAAAAACAACAGUGAAGACUUUAUGUAUUUAUGCAGACUACAAAUCUGAUGAAAGUUACACUCCAAGCAAAAUCUCUGUCAGAGUAGGAAAUAAUUUUCAUAAUCUCCAGGAAAUCCGGCAACUUGAAUUAGUGGAACCAAGCGGCUGGAUUCAUGUUCCUUUAACAGAUACUCAUAAGAAGCCCAUUCGCACGUUUAUGAUUCAGAUUGCUGUUCUAGCUAAUCACCAAAAUGGAAGAGACACUCACAUGAGACAAAUCAAAGUGUAUACCCCAGUGGAAGAGAGCUCUAUUGGUAAAUUUCCUCGAUGUACAACGAUUGAUUUCAUGAUGUAUCGCUCCAUAAGAUAAGAUUUCUAAAUGAGAAAUAAUAAAAGCAUUUUUUUGGUGGGCAGUAUCAUUGCUUAAGUAUUCAGGUACUUAAAGAGCAGGUUUUACUUCAGUGUAAUUAUAUCUUUAUGUUUAUACUUUGUACAGUUUUGAAAUAAAUAUAAUAAAUGCUACAGUAUAUUGUA